CAGAGCCGCUUCGGCGCUUCCGGUGGGCGUCACGAGGCAGCGCCGGAGCCGCUCGCACCAUCGCGCAUGCGCCGCACGCAGUGGUACCGGGAGGGGCUGGCGAGGCUGACGGGAGGAGCGGCCGGGCCGAUAUGGCUGCGGCCGGGCAGGGCGCCAGAAGUGCUUUCCUUGGCCGGAGCUACCCCGCAGAGGCCAUGGAGUGUGUGCUGCCUAUGCUGUUGGUGCCACUGCCCGCUGAGGAGACGGCGCGGCUGGGCCCCCGGGCGCAGAUGCACAGAGAGCAGGAGGCCCUCGGGAGCUUGACGUCUGCGGGCAGCCUUCAAGUGCUUUCCUUGGUGCCGGGCGGCCGGGACGGGGGCGGCUGUUGUCUCGAGGGCCCCUUCCAGCAGUUUAUGUGGGAGGAUUCUGAUAACAGCACACCAACACACAAGCCCAAGCUGCUUGCUCUUAGUCAGAAUUAUGAACUGCUUAUCUAUGAAUUUAAUUUGAAAGAUGGACGAUAUGAUGCAGCUAUAUUGUACAGCUGUAGUGGGAAGACUCUGCAAAAGCUUAUUGAAGAUCAAGAUAUCAGUAUUUCCUUACUGUCUUUGAGGAUUCUCUCGUUUCACAAUAACACAUCAUUACUGUUCAUCAACAAAUGUGUCAUCCUACAUGUUGUAUUUCCUGAGAAAGAUGCUGAGAUUAGAGUACUCAACUGUUUCACGUUACCCUUACCUGCACAGACAGUGGAAACCAUCAUUGACUCGCAGCUCUGCAGAGGAAUUCUUUUUGUUUUGAGCAGUUUAAACUGGAUCCAUAUUUUUGACACUGUGGAUGGCACACAUGUAGCGUAUGUGGAUUUAGCACUUCACCAAGAAGAUACGUGCAAUGAACAGCAGCAGGAGCCAGCCAAGAUUUCUUUCUUUACCUCCCUGAAAGUGUCUCAAGACCUAGAUGUUAUAGUGAUUGUCGGCUCCCCCAACUCAGCAGUUGCUCUUAACUUAAAUUUAUAUUUCAGGCAACACCCAGGAUACUUACUAUGUGAAAGAACACUCGAAGACCUUCCUAUCCAAGGACCUAAGGGAAUAGAUGAGGAUGAUCCUGUUAACUCUGUCCACAGCAUGAAACUGACCAAGCUUUCUUUCCAGGUCGAUAGAUCUUGGAAUGCCCAGCUGUUAUCACUGAAUGAAACAAUAAAGAGCUCCAAACUAGAGGUUUCUUGUGCUCCAUGGUUCCAAGAUAUUUUGCAUUUAGAGUCCCCUGAAUUUGGUCAGCAUGGUACCGGUGUGCCGAGCUGGCUUUUUAUUUCACAGGACAUGAUGCGGGACCAGUAUAAUCUUCCACAGACAGAUCAUGCCAAGAUCAGUGAUCCUGGAAGAUCCUGGAAGAUGAUGCGCCUCAGUGAACGAGAGGAACCCACAGAGCUUAAAUGUGUGUCUGUGACAGGAUUCACUGCACUGUUUACUUGUGCAGUGGAAACAAGUGACUCUACCAUUUUCCUCUGGGAUUUGGAGACCCAAGGUUUGCAGUGUUUCUCCUUUGGCCAGAAGUGUAUUCCUGUAGACAGUAGUGGAGACCAGCAGCUGUGCUUUGUUUUGACAGAAAAUGGACUCUCCUUGAUUUUGUUUGGUUUGACUCAAGAGGAAUUUUUAAACAGACUAAUGAUCCACGGAAGCGCAAGCGUUGUGGACUGUCUUUGUCAUCUGAAUGGUUGGGGGAGAUGCUCCAUUCCCAUACAUGCACUAAAGGCUGGGAUAGAAAACCGUCAGCUUGACACUGUAGAUUUCUUCUUGAAGAGCAAGGGAAAUCUUUUUACUGCGUCCUCAAAAUCUUCUGUACCUGAUCAGUUGGAUCACUUUCCAGCCCAGUUAUAUUUAAGAAAUGUGGAAGAGCUGACACCAGCAUUGGAUUUACUUUGCUCAGCAAUUAAAGAAAACUAUUCUGAAACCCAAAGCAAACACUUCUCAGAACAGUUGCUUACUCUUACUCUGUCUUUCCUUAACAAACAAAUAAAGGAGCUUUUUAUUUACACUGAAGAGCUAGAUGAACAUCUGCAGAAAGGAGUGAACAUUUUGACCAGAUACAUUAACGAGCUUCGCACUUUCAUGAUAAAGUUUCCUUGGAAGCUAACAGAUGCUACAGAUGAAUAUGAUGUAACUGAAAAUAUCUGCACAGUAAAGGAGGCUGCUAUUUGGGAGAAGCUCAGCUUUGAGGAAGUUAUUGCUAGUGCCAUUCUAAACAACAAAAUACCAGAGGCACAGACCUUCUUCAGGAUGAAUAAUCAUUCUGCUCAAAGACUUGAGGAACUGAUUAGGAUAGGCCUAGAUUUGGUCUUUGUCAAUUUAAAAAAAAAUAAUAUAAAGGAAGCCUUUGAGCUUCUGAAGAAUAUGGGCUUUGAUGUAAAAGACCAGCUGCUCAAGAUAUGCUUCUAUACAACUGAUAAAAAUAUUCGGAACUUUUUGGUUGAAAUUUUAAAAGAAAAAAAUUAUCUUUCUGAAAAAGAGAAAAGAACUAUAGACUUUGUGCAUCAAGUUGAAAAGUUUUAUUUGGGAGACUUCCAAGAAAAUACAAAGAUCCAGUCCUUUCCCAGGUACUGGAUAAAGGAACAAGAUUUUUUCAAGUACAAAUCUGUUUUGGACUCAUUCCUCAAAUAUGAUCAUAAAGAUGAGUUUAACAAACUGGAUCAUAAAAUUGCAUUAAACUGGGCUCAGUGGUGGGAUCAGCCAACACAAGAAUGUAUCCUUCUCCCCAGGAUAAGUCCAGAAGAAUAUAAAUCAUAUUCCUCUGAAACCCUCUGGAGAUACCUAACAGCUCACCAUGACUGGUUAAACAUUACCUCGUGGAUUGAAGAAUUUCAGACCCAGAGGAAUUACGUGUCUCUGCAGCAGAACAAAUGGCCCCCUCUGACUGUUGAUGUUAUUGAUCAGAAUACUUGCUGCAGCAACUACAUGAGGAAUGCAAUUUUAGAUAAGCUAGCCAGGAAUGGGACUUUUCUUGUAUCUGAACUGGAAGACUUUGAACUCUUCCUCCUCCGACUGAGCCGAAUUGGGGGUGUGAUGCAAGGUACCCUUCCUGUUCAAAACUACAAGACCAAAGUGGGCUGGGAUUUCCAUUCUCACUUCAUUCUUUACUGCCUAGAACAUGGUUUGCAGCAUCUUCUGUAUGUCUAUCUGGAUCAUUACAAACUCAAUCCUGAAAAUUGUCCUUUUUUGGAAAAGAAAGAAUUACAUGAAGCUCAUCCUUGGUUUGAAUUUUUAGUUCAGUGUCGACAAGUUUCCAAUAAUUUGACAGAUCCCAAACUGAUCUUCCAGGCUAGCCUUGCGAAUGCUCAGAUUUUGAUUCCCACCAAUCAGGCCAGUGUAAGCAGUAUGCUAUUGGAAGGACAUACCCUCCUGGCCCUUGCUACUACAAUGUAUGCUCCUGGGGGUGCGAGCCAGGUUGUUCAGAAUGAAGAAAAUGAGAACUGUUUGAAGAAAGUGGAUCCCCAACUGCUGAAGAUGGCCUUAACUCCUUACCCAAAGUUAAAAGCUGCUCUCUUCCCACAGUGCACUGUUCCCAGUGUCCUGCCACCUGACAUUACACUCUACCACCUCAUUCAGUCAUUAUCACCCUUUGAUCCCAGCAGAUUGUUUGGCUGGCAGUCAGCCAAUACACUAGCAAUAGGAGAUGCGCUGAGUCAUCUUCCACAUUUCUCUAGCCCUGGUCUGGUGAAUAAAUAUGCUGUAAUGGAACGUCUGAAUUUCACGUAUUAUUUACAUCACGGGCGCCCAUCAUUUGCAUUUGGUACUUUUCUGGUCCAGGAAUUAACCAAAAGCAAAACUCCCAAGAAGCUGAUCCAGCAAGCAGGCAAGGAAGCCUAUGUCUUAGGACUCUCUUCUUUCCACAUACCUUCCAUAGGAGCUGCCUGUGUUUGUUUCCUAGAAUUACUCGGCCUUGACAGCCUCAAGCUCAGAGUUGAUAUGAAAGUGGCCAAUAUAAUUUUGAACUACAAGUGUAGAAAUGAAGAUGCUCAGUACAGCUUUAUCCGAGAGUCUUUAGCUGAGAAACUGUCUAAACUGGCAGAUGAUGAAAAGGCAACCACAGAAGAAUUGCUUGUUCUCCUAGAAGAAGGUACAUGGAAUAGCAUUCAGCACCAGGAAAUAAAGAGGUUAUCCUGUGACUCGGAGAGCCAGUGGGCAUUAGUGGUACAGUUUGGCAGGCUCCACAAUCUGAAACUGAGCACAUCCUACCUUAGAGAAUGUGCCAAAGCAAACGACUGGCUACAGUUCCUUAUUCAUAGCCAGCUCCACAGCUACCAACCAGAGGAGGUGAAAUCCCUUCUUCAGUGUUUCAGCCCAGUCCUGCAAGACCACUUACAGCUGGCUUUUGAAAACCUCCCCUCAGUAUCCAGCUCUAGAGCGGACAGUGAUCAAGUCAGUACUGAGAUGACUAAUUUCUUUGAAGUUCUGCUCCGGUGCUCAGAGCGACCAGACUCCUGGCAUUGGCUCCUGGCUGAGGCAGUGAGACAAAAGGCCCCUGUCCUCAGUAUCCUGGCUUCAUGUCUCAAGGAUGCCAGUGCUGUUUCCUGUCUCUGUGCUUGGAUCAUUACCUCUGUGGAGGACAGUGUUGCUGCUGAAGUAAUGGGACACAUUCGCGGCUUGACCGAAGACCAUCCCUGGGACCUUGAGGACUUUUCCAUCAUCUGGAGAACGUUAUUAACAAGGCAGAAGAGCAGAACUCUUAUCAGAGGUUUCCAGCUUUUCUUUAAGGAUUCCCCAUUACUACUGAUAAUGGAAGUAUAUGAGCUGUGUAUGUUCUUCAAGAAUUACAAGGAAGCCAAAGCUAAACUUCAGGAAUUCCAGAAGAGCCUUGAAACUCUUGACACAGCAACUACAAGGGUCCACCCUGUCCUCCCUGCUGUGUGGCUGAGGGAUCAAGUGUGUUUCCUUUUGAAGCUUAUGCCACAGCAGUGUCAGACGCAGUAUGAGCUGGGGAAGCUCUUACAGAUGUUCGUUGGAACAGAGCAUCUCUUCUCUGAUGCUCCAGAUAUAAAGAAGUUGUAUGUCCUUAGCCAGAUUUUGAAGGAUACAUCCAUACCCAUUAAUCAUACAAUUAUUACCAGCUACAGCAUUGAAAAUUUUCAGCACGAAUGUAGAUCAAUUUUGGAAAGACUGCAGACAGAUGGACAGUUUGCUUUGGCCAGGAGAAUAGCAGAAUUAGCUGAAUUACCUGUGGACAACUUGGUUAUUGAAGAGAUAAAACAGGAGAUGCAGGCACUAAAGCACAGCAAACAGUGGCCCCUGAAACAAGCAAGAAUUGACUUCUGGAAAAAAUGCCAUGAGAAUUUCAAGAAGAAUUCCAUUUCAAACCAAGCGGCUUCUUCCUUUUUCUCCUCCCAGGCCCAUGUGGCCUGUGAGGACCCGGCGGGAAGAGGCAGUGCUGAGGAGCGCCAUCUGCUGCUUACCCUGGCUGGGCACUGGCUUGCGCAGGGGGACCCAGUGCCCUUGGACAAGCUAGAGGAGCUGGAGGAGCAGGUCUGGGUCUGCCGCAUCACCCAGCACACACUCCGAGGGCAGCAGCAGGAAGCAGAGCCCAGAUUUUCUCAACAGAUUUCAGCUAGUGGUGAGCUUUCCUUUGCUAGCUUAGCCGGUGAGUUUUCCUUCUCCAAGUUGGCUGCUCUGAACACAUCUAAAUACUUGGAACUGAAUGGCCUUCCGUCCGUAGAGACAUGUGAGAGUAGACUGAACUGGAAGGAGCAGGAAUCACUGACCUUUCUGAUCGGGCGCCUACUGGAUGAUGGCCGUGUGCACGAGGCAAGCAGGGUAUGCCGGUAUUUUCAUUUCUAUAACCGAGACGUUGCCUUGGUGUUGCAUUGCCAAGCCUUGGCCUCAGGGGAAGCGAGUGUGGACGACCUGCAUCCAGAGAUCCGUGCUCUUCUACACAGUGCUGAGCUGCCUGAGGAAGAGGAGGAGCCUGACGUUCUAAGGAAAGUCCAAAGCACUUCAAGUUUGGAUAGUCAGUCAUUUGUGAUGAUACCCCCAAGUGAUGAAGUGGUGACAAAUCUGGAAACUCUGACAAGCAAAUGCCUUUAUGGGAAGAACUACUGCCGGCAGAUUCUCUGCCUGUAUGAACUUGCCAAGGAGUUGGGCUGUUCCUACACAGAGGUUGCUACCCAGGAUGGCAAGGCCUUACUCCACGCAAUCCUGGCCUCCCAACAGCCUGACCGGUGCAGGCGAGCCCAGGCCUUCAUCAGUACCCAGGGCCUCCCUCCAGACACUGUGGCUGAACUUGUGGCUGAAGAGGUGAUGCAGGAGCUGCUGACCCCAUCCGAGGGAACAGGACAUAAGCAGAUGUUCAGCCCAGCGGAGGAAAGCCAGACAUUUCUUCAGCUGACUGCUCUGUGUCAAGACCACACCUUGGUUGGCAUGAAGUUGCUGGAUAAGAUUUCCUCUGUUCCCCAUGGGCAGCUAUCGUGCACCACAGAGCUCCUGAUCCUGGCUCACCACUGCUUCACCCUGACAUGCCACAUGGAGGGCAUCAUGCAAGUCCUACAGGCCGCCCGGAUGCUCACGGAUAACCACUUGGCUCCCAGCGAGGAGUAUGGGCUGGUGGUCCGGCUCCUCACUGGCAUUGGAAGGUACAAUGAGAUGACGUACAUAUUUGAUUUGCUGCAUCAAAAACACUACUUCGAGGUGCUGAUGAGGAAGAAGCUGGAUCCGAGUGGGACCCUGAAGACAGCGCUGCUGGACUACAUCAAACGCUGCCGCCCUGGGGACAGUGAGAAGCACAACAUGAUUGCCCUGUGCUUCAGCAUGUGCCGAGAGAUCGGGGAGAACCAUGAGGCAGCUGCCUCAAUCCAGCUGAAGUUGAUCGAGUGUCAGGCCUGGGAGGACAGCCUCAAAGAUGGGCAGCAGCUGAAGCAGCUGCUGUUGAAGGCCUUGACCCUGAUGCUGGAUGCAGCUGAGAGUUACGCCAAGGACUCCUGUGUGCGACAGGCCCUGCACUGUCACCGGUUCUCCAAGCUGAUAACACUACAGAUUCACUUUCUGAACACUGGCCACAACACAAUGGUCAUCAACUUAGCUCGCCAUAAGCUGAUGGACUGUAUCAUGGCCUUACCUCGGUUUUACCAGGCAUCUAUUGUAGCUGAGGCCUAUGACUUUGUUCCAGACUGGGCUGAAAUUCUCUACCAACAAGUGAUUCUUAAAGGAGACUUCAAUUACCUGGAAGAAUUUAAGCAGCAAAGGUUAUUAGGACCCAGUGUAUUUGAAGAGAUUUCAAAAAAAUAUAAACAACAUCAGCCUACUGAUACAAGCACAGAAAACCUGAAGAAGUUACUCUCAUACUGUGAAGAUAUCUACUUGUAUUACAAGUUGGCAUAUGAACACAAAUUUUAUGAAAUUAUAAAUGUGCUUCUGAAGGACCCUCAAACAGGUUGCUGUCUGAAGGACAUGCUUGCGGCUUAGAUGACUUCAGAGGUGCUGUGGUCUUGUAACAGGAGAUUCUGACAGAUGUCCGUGAUCAAGAGUUGAGUGCACUGGGCAGCUUGGGGUCUGAAUUGGAAAAACCCAGGAAUAUACCAUCUCAGUCCUUUGUGAGUGAUAGAGAAUGGAGGAGAGAAUUUUGAGCAGGAAAUUUCCUGUUUGGAAGUGAUUUGUUCAUCUAUACCAUUUUACAUGGAUGCUGGUGUUAAGAUUAAAAGCUUCCUCAGGAUGAAACUGCUGCACUAGGAGGUAAUGCAAUAAUUAAAGGAUACCUGUGCCUGCAGAUUCCAGUUUCAAAGAAAUUUAAUAUUAUUUACACAGUUAAGGAACAGGUGAUACAUUUUCAUUUGUUAGAAACUGAUCUUUCUGUAAUAAAAUAGAUUUUAAAUUCAGUGUAUGUCAUUAUUACUGCUAAGGAAAUUUUAGCCCUUGUCUACCUUAAAAAACAGUAUUUGCUAUAAUUAUUGCUGUGUAGUCAGACCUUCUAUUAAUUUACCAAGUCAUUUAAAUGGUCCUGUUUUACACUUAGUCUUCAGAGCUGAGGAACCUAUUUCCUACGCAAAUUAAAAAAUAGUUUUUGCUCUGGUUGUGACAGUUGGGAUAAAAGACAAACCCACAAAUCUUGUUUAAUCACUUAGGAGAAGAUAAAGAUCCUAGUUUAUGCUUGUACCCAUAACCUGAGUUGUAGGCUCUAUUACUCCAAAUAAAUAGUGCUUCUAGUACUUAAUUAGACCUUAGUAGGUAAACAAAAUAAUUUCCCAAAUAAAUAAGACAGCCUUAUGGCUUUGCUGCUCUGUGGUGACACAAUUAAUGACCUGGCAAAUCAUUCUUGUUUUAAAGCUGUAACUACACCAAGCACUGAUUAAGCUUUAGUAAGUAUAUAGAUAACUCUAGUCCCAAGAGCUAUAUUCUGUACUCUCCAAAAAUAUCUCUUGGGAUGUAACACAAAAUUUAAGUCCUCACAAUAGUAAUUUUAUUAAAUUAGUUACUUUAUAAAACAUCGCAGAUGUCAUAAUUGUGAACAUAACAAUUUACCAAACUGUAGUUAACUGGUGCAGUUUGCUGAGCAUGUUUUAUAAAGGGAAGGAAAUGCCAAAACCCUGUUGAAGUUGUUCCACUGCAGCCUAGAAGAACAAGAUUUAUUUCUCAGACACUUGAAUCAGGUAGUUUCCCUCCCCAAUCCUGAAGCACACCAUCAGUAGAAAUAGUCUAAUAAAUUAAAAACUAGAUAGUCUAUGCACUCAACAGAUUCCACAACUUGUACUGCAAUAAUGGAGAGGUUUACCCUUCUUCAGCUUCAAAGUUGGAGGGUUUGGUCAGUUAGUUUUUAAGUAUCUUCACUCUGAGAUAAGCAGUCUUCUUCACAAUGGAUUUUUAAUAUCCUCACGCUCAAUUUUAAGACAAAGCAAUUUUAAUACUAGGUGCACACCACAUGCCCUUGCUACAAACUGCUUUUCUUGACAAGUUAUGAAGUAGUUCAAGGAGGUAUGGUUAAGGCUGUAUUACUGAAUGGUGCUGGUAAAUACUACAUAAUUUUUUGUCAUGUUGCAACCUUUGUUUCCAAUUUAGUGAAUGCUGCUAUGGAACCAGAUAGCAACAAUGACAACAUUAUUAGAUCUGUUUUUCAACUAUGAUUUAGUAGCAAUUGACGUUCCCAAUUUUAACCCCUUGGCAGCAAGAUCCAAGUUCCCUCAUUUGCACAUUAGCACC